CUUUUCUUUUCUUUUUCUUUUUCGUUCCUCUAUUAUUACAAAGCAAUACGGUUAUACCCAGUACUUAUAAAUAUCCAAGCAAUGACAUAUCAAGUCAUUUAUGUACUUUUAUUAUUGAUAGUACUUCUUACAUCCCCAACAUUGGCAUAUUAUUCUCAACCAAAUCUAUUAACUGUCAUUCCAUUCAAACAAGGUCUAGCCUACAUCAAACGCGAACAAUCAAUCAUUGUCUUUGGUGGUGAAAGUAAUAAUGCAAAAUAUACUAACGAUUUGAAUCAGCUAACACAAACAGCGACUGGAUACAAUUGGACUUCUCUUGCACAACAAAAUAUCCCUCCUGCUGUAGCAUAUGGUCAAGCUGUAAUAUCAAAGGAUGGAAAUUCAAUGAUAGUCUUAGGAGGCAUCACAAAUACUACCGUCAAUCAAGUUUACCCACUUCAACUAUAUCAAUACAAUUUUAAUACUGCCACAUGGUCCAACCAAACCAACACCAACAAUGUGACAAAUACAGCAGCUCCUUUAAAUCGAUGGCUUUUCUCAGCAACACCUGAUACCAAUACUGGUCAAAUUUAUAUCUAUGGUGGUGUUGUCAAUGAUACUUCUAUCUUCUCGGAUUUCUGGCUCUUCGAUCCUUCGACCUCCGGUUUCACUGCGAUGCCAGCACCUACUAUUCGUCGUUAUGGUCACACAGCCUCCCUCACAAGUAAUGGAAAAUUAGUUAUUAUUGGUGGUGUCAUUGUAUCUCAAGACUAUACUCAAAACAUCCUUGCACCUAUGGAUCAACUACAAAUAUUCGAUAUAGCUAGCAAGCAAUGGACCAUGGUGAAUGCUACAGUGGCUGCAAAUAAUAUUCUUCCUUCACCAAGAGCUCAUCAUAGCGCUGUUCUAAUUAAUGGGACCCAUAUUUUGAUGUUUGGAGGUAAUAACAAUGCUGUUGGUAGAUUACGUGCUAGUAUCAAUUCUGUAUAUAUGCUGGAUACUACUACUUGGACAUGGACUUCUCCUGAUAUUAGCGGCAUUCUUCCAUCACGUCGUGCUUAUGCUGUUGCUGAAAUACUUGAUGAUCGUCAUCUCACCGUUGCUUUUGGUAAGCGAAUAAAUAUAUAUAUAUAUGUAUAUAGUGCUGAUGAUCAUUUUAUUCUCGCUAUAGGUGGUGCUGGUAGUAUCCUGUACAAUGAUAUCAAUGCCUUGGAUACUUUUACUGAUAGCUGGUUACAAUCAUUCACUGAUUCUGGAUCAACAAAUUGGUAUGGACUAUCAACUGGAGUCAUUAUUGGUGUUUCCGUUGUAUGCGCGUUUAUUUUGAUUAUCAUCUGUAUCUUACUUUGGAAAUUUGGACAUCACAUUAAAUGGAUAAUUUAUAGAAUUCACUCUGAUAUUUGGAAGCCUCGUUCUGGGGAACCUAUUUGGGCUGAAACUGCUAGAAUUUGCUCUCAACUCUUCUUCCUAUUUCUCUUUCUCCUCUUUCUUGCUUUUGUUAUACGUCAAGCCAUCGACAGUCCCAACGUUACUCAAACCAUUCAAACACCUUCUGCAUCAGUGGAAGUUCCAGAUAUCCGCUUUUGCUUUGAUGGUUAUCCAGUCUAUGCUGAUCCCAAUGAUGUUCGAAAUCCUGGAGUGGCAUGUCAAACAGAUAACGGAUAUUCAUGCAAUCAAUUCAUCAAACCACUAAAUAUGUCCGUUUUCCAACCCAACUUCGCGGACAAAUUUGGCAUGGUUAGUUGCUAUCUUUUUCGAUCAGAUGUUUACUUUCAAUUAACUGGAACUAGUGGUGCAAAUAAUGGCUCUCGACUCAUAUUCUCACUCUAUGGUGAUUCAACAAUCUCUGCUGGUGCUAUUCAUUUAUCAACCUUCCCUAAGGAAAUGGAUCCUAUUGUACAAGUUUACAACAUCAACGAUGGAAUCCCUUCAUUAUUGGAUCGAGAUGAAGUACUGAAUUGGCAAAACAGUGAUUUGAAUGAUCUCCAAUCUACCAAUGUGUAUACAGUGUCUCCUUUUACUUACAGCGCCAUUGGUUAUACAUUAUCGGAUCAUCAAUAUUUGCAAGACGUUGGAUGGAAUUAUGUUGGAUUUUUACCUGUAACGAACUCAACACCAGAAAUAUCAACAGCAUUUAGAAUGGAAUCAGCAAAUCCGACAUAUAAUCUUACUCAUAGCGAUAUCGGUGUGAUUGCUGUGACACCAGAUAGUUAUACGAAAACAACAAAGCGUGAAGUGAAAAUGUACACUUUGGUCAAUGCUCUUGGUUUUGUUGGUGGUGUUUUUGGAAUUCUGGUUACUGUACAAGCCUGGCUCUUUGGAUACAGACCCCUUUCACCUUUUGGCAUUGUACAUCGAUGGUCCGUUGGUAAUAUGAAGCAAUCCAUCUUACGAGGAUUGUAUACAUCCUUCAAGACAAACGAAGAUACAAUUCCUAUGGUUACACCUGUGCAUCGACGAUUCAGCAUGCUCAAUGUUAAUGAUAUCGACAAUGAUAUAAACGAUCAACAAAGGAUAACAAUGGUGGAAGAACGUAUGCAAACAUUGGAACGGGUAUUUAAAGCCUAUUAUGUAAAUGAUGAAGUCUUCCGAUCACUCGAUAAUGCCAGUAAAAUGUCAACAUCUAUUAUGCGCGAUCAAUAUCAUCGUGAAAACACUAACCAUCGUAACAAUACUGAUGGCACUUUGUUUGACAAACUUAUUACGGACAACAAAAGUACUAAGGGUGGUGAUUACGAACUUGUACAACGAAAUGAUACUUCCAGCUCAAAUUCAUCUGAUACAGCAAAACAUCAUCAUGAUCCCAAAGCCUGAUCUUAUAGUAUCAUCAUUAUUUGUUUUCAUUUUAUAUAUAUCAUUAUUAUCUACUCAUUUCUUUUAUAUUUGUCAAUAUUAUCUCACUGGAAUAAAACUACAUACUUUUUAUAAUUUGA